CGUACUGUCCCGGAAGUACUCCUUCAGCGCAGAGGCCGCCUGGCCUGCCCGAGAGCACUUCCGGAUCGAGCAGCUGCUCUUGUCGGAAGGAGCUCGGCGUUGGUCCGGUUGGUCUCCACUCACAUCUUUUAAUUUUGAAGACUUCAAAGUACAUCUGGAUCUACCACUUUUUCGGAAAACUUCAGUAUCAAACAAUAAAUUUGCCACUGUGAUCUUGUUAUAGUACAGAAGCUUUUGAGUUCUCCAAAUCUGAACAAGAUUUUCUCCCGUUCUCCCAUGAAGCCACAUUGUUGCUUAUUCACUUUAGUGGCGAGUGUUAUUGUGCCGGCUGCUUUUAUUUUGGAAGAUGUAGACUGCUACCAAAUGGACCUGCUGGAAGCAAAUCACAGUUCUUCCAAUGCAUCGUUUCCCCCAAGCUUUGAACUCUCAGCAGGUUCCCAUCCGGGUAAUGAUGUCAUCAUAGCCAAAGAGGGAGCUAGUGUUUCAAUCGAGUGUCUUCUCACAGUCGGCCACAAUGAAGACGUCCAUUGGUACAACUCAAGAGGACAGCAACUGGAUGACAGAGACAGAGGUGGAAAAUGGUUGGUUUCUGAUAACUUCCUGAAUAUCACCAGUGUAGCCUUUGAUGACCGUGGGCUCUAUACAUGUUUCAUCACCUCUCCAGUUCGUGCCUCCUAUUCUGUCACCCUACGCGUCAUCUUCACCUCAGGAGACAUGAGCAUCUACUACAUGAUUGUUUGCCUGAUUGCCUUUACAAUCACUCUCAUCUUGAAUGUCACACGGCUGUGCAUGAUGAGUAGCCAUCUUCGCAAGACUGAGAAGGCCAUCAAUGAAUUCUUCAGAACUGAAGGAGCUGAGAAGCUUCAGAAGGCCUUUGAGAUUGCAAAACGCAUCCCCAUCAUCACCUCAGCCAAGACUCUGGAGCUUGCCAAAGUCACACAGUUUAAGACCAUGGAGUUUGCCCGUUACAUCGAAGAACUGGCAAGAAGCGUUCCUCUGCCACCUCUUAUCCUAAACUGCCGGGCCUUUGUUGAGGAGAUGUUUGAAGCUGUGCGAGUGGAUGACCCUGAUGACAUGGGAGAAAGAAUUAAAGAGAGACCUGCCUUGGAUGCUCAAGGUGGCAUCUAUGUCAUUAACCCAGAGAUGGGGCGAAGUCAUUCACCAGGAGGAGAUUCGGAUGAUGGUUCUCUGAAUGAGCAAGGCCAGGAGAUAGCGGUUCAGGUCUCUGUCCACCUUCAGUCAGAGACUAAAAGUAUUGAUACUGAUUCUCAAGACAGCGGUCAUUUCAGCCCGUCUGAUGAUGUGGGAUCUGCCAAAUCUAACUCUAACUGCAAAGAUGGAGUAUAUGAAAACUGCCAGCUGUGAGCAAUGCCAGUACCUACAAAAAAAAACAACUCCCAGAAAAGGAACUUGUUUCUAGGAAAUAACUGUUCUACCAAAUGAUGACUGGGGUUUUCCCCCUUGUUGAUAGCAUAUCAGAACAUGAAUUACCAAGAUCAUUGUAAAAAUGCAGCAUUUUUCCUAUCUGAUAUCUCAGUCAUUUUCCCCAAGCCUGAGUAAAUGAUAGGCAUUAAGAUUUAAAGGAGCCUGAGAGAGAUACAUGAUGGGAAAAGUACCAAAAUAAGAGUCCUGUGGCUUCUCUUCUAGUCAUGGUCCUUUCAUUGGUUAGGUCUGACAGUUCUCUUAAGGCCUCAAUUUUCCCAUCAGUAAAAUGGGAGAUUUGCAUUAGAUGAUAUCUAAAGUUGUUUCUGACACUCUAACUUCUUCAGCACAUCUCUUAAGUAAACCCUUCCUGAGACUUUCAGUCCCCUUUUAUGGAAAGGACCAAGCUGAGACUUUAUUGUGAUUUAGGUAUCCACACCAAUACCAUAAUGCAUAGAUGUAUGGGUGUUUUUCAGCUGUUUUAUCUUAUGGAGCAUUCAGUUUUAUAUGCAGAUGUCAGAGAGCUAACUGCUCAUUAGUAAAAACUACUUUCCAUGAGUAACUUGGUCCUAUUUGGGAGUGUAUCAUGUCUUUUUAACUUAAUGUGGCAUCAUUUAGUUCAUUGAAGUUGUCAGUGAUUUCCCAGCUGGCCUCCCAAAGUGAGCAGUUUGUUCCUAAGGAAUAAUGUUUUCAAUAACUUUAGAAUAAGAAGCCAGUCUGUCUCUGGUAAAUCAUGGAUUUUGACAUUUCUGCUAGUACGGUUUCUCAGGCUUUUCCUUUUUAAAAGUACUGGGCUCUACUAGUGGGCUGUGUGUUUGGGAUCCUAUUCCAGGGAGAAACCCAGACCUAGAUUCCUCUUUAGACCACUACCUAUACUCUUGCCCUGUGUGGUCUUAAACAUGGUGCUCAAGGUUGCAUGCCACCUUAUCUUGUUUGUUUGGUAAUGGUUUGUUGUUGAGGUUGUUUUUAUUUUUAAGUACUUCAAAUUCAGGAUUCUGAGGUAGGGCUGCUUCUGUGUCCUUUCUGAGAAGUCACUACCUGAAAUAAGAUCAAAUAAUGGUAUGUGGUAUGUUAACCCAUUGCAGUUGAGUCGAUUCCAGCUCAUAGCGACCCUGUAUGGCACAGGGUUUGCCCCGUAGGGUUUCCAUGGCUGUAAAUAUUUGCAGAAGUAGACUGUUGUGUCUUUUUCCCGCGGAGCUGCUGGUGGGUUUGAACCGUUGACUUUCCAGUUAGCAGCCAAGUGCUUUAACCACUUUGCCACCAUACAUAUGAUCUAAACAUGAAGAGGGAGAAAAAUUAUGGAUGAUGCCACCUGGUUCAACUGUGUAUAAUAAACAUUUAAGAUAGCAUUUCUUGCCUGGCUGAGAUCUGGUAUAAUAGAAUCGUAAGUAACUCUUCAGAAUAAUUUCUUCAGCUUUAGGAAGCUUGGUGCUAUAUAAUUUUAAGAACUUGGUAAUGGAGCAACAUUUGGUGGUUCACGUUUCUUCAUUUGGCUUCUGAUCAUUGAAGCAUUACUUGAACUGGAGGUUCCUAAGGGAAAUAUUCAGAGGAGAUUUUAUCGGGAUUUUAAUUUAAGGUUUCAGAUGGAGGAAGGCAGGAAAUUCAAAGUGUGAUCAGGUAGGACUCAUGCCUCCCUUUGUCCAGGCUUAUCAGAAGUAAUACAUAUGCUCUGGAUAGCAUGAAUGAAUCAAUAUGCAGUUUUAUCAGAUGGCAUUACAGAUGUCUUCGUUAUCUAGUGCUGCUAUAACAGAAAUACCACAAAUGGGUGACUUUAACAAACAGAAUUUUAUUUUCUCACAGUUUAGGAGGCUAGAAGUCCGAAUUCAGGGCCUU